AUGAAGAGCCCGCUGCUGGUCCUGGUCCUUUGCUCCUGCCUCCCGCUCGCCUCGGCCUCGGCCGCGGUCGUCACCGUCACGGCUGCCCCGGCCGUCCCUUCGCAGGAGCCGCAGUGGAACAGCGCAGAGGUGUUCACGUCGGCGAUCCUCAACAGCACCAACUUCUACCGCGGCCAAUACAACGCCAGCCGGGUGGGAUGGAACCAGACCCUGGCCGAGUUUGCGGACGACUACCUCGACAAGGGCGGCUGCAAGUUCGAGCACUCGGGCGGGCCGUACGGCGAGAACCUGGCGGAAGGGUACCCGAGCGCGACGGCGAGCGUGGAGGCGUGGGGCAACGAGGCCGGCGGGUACGACUUUGCGGAGCCCGGGUUCUCCCACGACACGGGCCACUUUACGCAGCUGGUGUGGAAGGCGACGACGGCGGUGGGUUGCGGGAGAAGGCUGUGCGGCCAGAGGGGAUGGUACCUGGUGUGCGAGUACUGGCCGAGGGGGAACGUGGUGGGCGAGUUUGGCGACGAGGUCGACCGGAGAGUGUCGGGGGCGCCGAGGGCUGGGCCGCGGGCGGCCGCUCUGCUGUCUUUGUGUUUGGCGGGGGCGGCAUCAUGGGCGGCGAUGGCGAUGGCGAUGGCGAUGUAG